CCGACGCUGCUAAUUAACCAAUUAAGAUCUCUCAAGAAGCUAUAAGACAGGCUGACAAAAGCGGCGGCCUUUCCAUUACACACUUUCGUUGGAGAAGUGUUCGGAUAUCGAGGAAAAUGAACGGUGUGAGCAGUGGGAAAGCUGUCCGCGUCCCGCAGCUGUGUAGCUGCGUCCACCCGAACUGUGGAGCGACUUUCACCAGACAGUGGAGGCUGAAAGAGCAUGAGACGGUGCACACCGGAGCGCGCCCGUGCCAGUGCACAAUUGCUGGCUGUGGUCGUCGUUUCUCAAGAAAAUCGCACCUGAGCCGCCACAUGCUUCAGCACAGAGGGGUGAAGCAAUUCAAAUGCAAGUUUGCGAGCUGCACGCAGAGUUUCCUGGACUCAGGCAAACUGAAGAGACACGUGCGCUACGCCCACGGAGACAAACUGAAGUAUUUCAAGUGUAGCCAGCCACACUGCUCCUUGACUUUCAAAAAGCGCAGAACGUUUAAACUGCACUUACAGGAGCAUGAAUUGUCUUCCAAGUUCAAGUGUUCGAAGGACGGAUGCGCUGCCACAUUCGACUCCCAUAUCGCUCGCAAAGCCCAUGAGAAGAAGCACGCAGGUUACCGCUGCCCUCAUGCUAACUGUCAGGUGCUGGAACACACCUGGGGGAAACUUCAUAAGCAUAUGGUAAAACAUCCAGCCACAUUCACGUGCAAAGCGUGCAAGAAGGUGUUCAAGAAAGGGGAUGCUCUGCGGCGUCACAAACGGAUCCACGCUUCCCAUAAACCAGUCCUGGUUUGCCCCAGAGAUGACUGCCAGGCCUACUUCUCUACAACCUUUAACCUGCAGCACCACAUCCGCAAGGUGCACCUCGAGCUCUUAAAAUAUAGAUGCUCCUUCCCCGACUGCCCACGCAUGUUUGCCAUGCGGGAGAGUAUGACCAGACACCUGCUUCGUCAUGACUCAAGCGCCACCAUUCUGAAGAAACGUCAAAGGCCUAAGAAGUCCUGGCAGAAGCGUUUGGAUGGACAAAAUCUGCCACUUGUGGAAGAAAACUUGCGCCGUCUCUUUGCCCUGCGUAUGCGGAUCUCCCGACGUGCCAAAGUGGAAACCAACCUCUCAGGCCUCUUCAAUGAACGCAAGAUCCCUCAUUAUGUUGACCCAGAAGUCAACCUGCGCAAUCUGUUUGGUAUCAAAAAGCCUCGUCCUGUGGAGGCGAAGCCUGAAGUUGCACCAGUAGAAAGUUAAAUAAAAAUCCAUCCAGCAUAGAUGUGGAUUUUGACCUAAGUUUGAACUUCCUGAAAUCUUGGCAGGCUGAAGUUGGACUUUAAUUUUUGAGAAAUUAGAAAUUGGGUCUGUUUGGUUUGUGUUUUAAUGUAGUAGACGUACAUUAAAUUAUUAUUUUCAAAAUAAUUUAUUAGAAUCAAGCGUUUGAGAAUUUCAAAAACUGAAUUCUAGUUCUGGAAGACAAAUGUCUUAAUUGAAAUGCUUAUUUUGUAAAUUUGCACUUGUUGACCCAAUAAAAUGAUUUACAUUUUGAUCAAAA